GCGUAUGUACGUCUAUGGUGACUGUUUUCAAUUUGACAUUUUCUUCUCACGGCACUUAGUUAGUUCAUCCGAAAUUGAUCAAGGUAACCAAUGAUUUGAAAUAUAUCGCAGAAAGACAUGUGAUCAAUAAUACUGAGUAACAAGAUAAAUUACCAAGGCCAUGCACGUUUUUAUGAUAUGAGCCAAUAUUUUAGCCUUUGCUAUUUUAGAUAACCCGCUAACAGGAAGUAACAACCUCGCGGUCGAGGUUGUGCACAUAGUAGCCAAUCACAUGUGCAAAGCCAUCAGCCCUUCCCAGCCAUUGAUCCCAUUAUUUUCGGGCGCGCUGAGUGCUAGUGCUAGUGAAGAGCUCGAUCGAGCGAAGCUUAUCCGUAGCUACACAACCUUUCCCCCAGUUGUUACUUAUUUUGGAGAACCAGUAUGUGUUAGGUUUCACACGGACCGUAGAUUUCCCUUGCAAUGGAGAUCAGUGACACGGAAUACUAUGAGGACGAGGUUGGUAGCGGCGAGUACUCAGCGUAAGAAAAAUGGAGAGAGCAUUGGGAGUAGAGCUUGGAUCGGAUAUCAACAAGCAGCUCAUUCAUCCAGGUAAAGGAGAAUUAUCGGACUACAGAGAUGGAACUAAGAUUUAUUUCUACUACAAGGUGACAAAGUGUAACGAUGAGCGGACGGUUUUGGAUGACAAUCGCCUUCAGAAGAAACCAUUUGAGCUGAUCACUGGCAAGCAGUUCAAGCUCGAUGUGUGGGAGAAGUGCCUGAAGACCAUGCGGGAUGGGGAAGUCGCUGAGUUUACCGUGGCUCCCUCAGAACUCACAACCUUUGCUCCAGUGAUGAAGAAGCUCCGCGACAUUGCCAAAGGCACGGUGGCCACCCCGGAGGGGGGCCACUGCUGUGGCAUGGCCCAGAUGAACCAGUCGGGCCUGGGGUAUCCAGACCUGGACGAGUUCCUCAAGCAGCCCGAGCCCCUCCGUUUCACCUUUGAGGUGGUCCGCAUCGAGGAGGAGGGCCAGUAUCGGAAGGAGUCGUGGGCCAUGAGCCACGCCGAGAAGAGAGCGGCGCUGCCCCUCCUGCGAGAGGAGGGCAACCGAUUGUACAAUGCCAAGCAGUAUGCAGCGGCAGCCCAGAAGUAUGCCGAGGCCUUGGGCUGCCUGGAGAACCUGCUGCUGCAUGAGCAGCCCAACAGCCCAGAGUGGCUGGCCACCGAUGACAUGCGCAUCCCAUUCCUGCUGAACUUUGCCCAGUGCAAGCUGAUGCUGCAAGAUUACUACCAGGUGAUCGAGCACACGACCACAGUGUUGACAAAAGAGGAGACCAAUGUGAAGGCCUUGUACAGGAGAGCAAAGGCCUACGCUGCCUGCUGGGACUUCAGCCAGUCCCGCAAGGACUUCAAGAUGGCCCUGGAGUUGGACCCCUCACUGGGUGCGGCCAUCCGCAAGGAAUUCCGCUUGCUGGAGGAGGCGGAGAAGAAGAAGGACGAGGAGGAUAAAGUCAAGAUGAAGGCAGUCUUUGAGAGGUUCAGUGAAUGAGGGGCUUUGUGAGUUCUGUUUACACAGCAUGUUUUGUGUAAUUGUGUAGCAAGUCUUCAUUGAGAAGCGAUCUGUUCAAUCUUGCGGCCUGGUCAGUUUUAGACAACCAGGGGGCUCUGUACUCUGUGCGUCCUCGGCAGCAUGAGAGGCAUUUCAAUACCAGUGCCCAAUUUCUCUCACAAGGAAGUAAUGUGGUAAUGUGUUCACUCAUUUGAAAAUGGAUACACUAUCUACAGUUACGUGCAAAGUCCUUGAUAUAAGAUGUGCUAUUUAUCCCAUCUGAGUAACGGUAGUUGGCUAUAUUUUUCAAUAAGAAUUAAGGCAUUAACCGCUACCUUGUAUAUUUCUCCCAGAGAGGCUUUAUGCAAAGUCCCUCUGUGUGGGUGAGCACUCUGCUUGCUCAAACUUAGCUGUGAAUUACAAGAGGUCGGAUAGUGAGAGCGACUUGGAAUUGCUUUUACAUCAACAGUGUUGAUCAACACUGGAUCGUAUGAUAAAGUUGGACUAUUCCAAUUGGAACCUGAGUAAGGUUCUGGUAAAUUUCAGGCAGAUGGCCGAGCUCAUUUGCUGAGAAUGAUAUCUAAUUUACUUUACCAAUUUUUUCUCAGUUCUUGUGCUAUAAAGCCCCCUAUUAUGGCCGCAAAGUCAAGAAACUGUGGGGGAACGAGAGCCGUAUUAUGAUAUUGUCAAAUCGUUAGAUUUUUUUGUCGCCCUCAUCUUUUUUUUUACCCUGAGCAUUCUUGAGGUGGAACUGAACUCCCCAAAUGAUGAUUUUUUAUAAAUGCGAAAAGAAGCUGCUACUUUAGUCAUCAUAUGGGUAAUAUUGACUAAUUCCCUGUUUAAUAACCUUUUUCCAUAAAAGUAAUGUGAUUGAUCUUUACAAUACCACUGUUACCAUGAAAUUGACCAAAUUCAUGGAAAUAAUUCUUACAUUGGAUACCUUAAAAAGUGUUGAUUGAAUUACUUAGCUGUGCAAUUUCCACAAAUGUCCAUUAUUAAUGUCAUCCAAUUUUUUUCAGAUUUUAGAGGUAGUUUACCGCUGUACAUGGAGGAAUGUCCUAAGGUUUUAUUUUGGCAAAAUCUGUUAAGAAUUGGAUCAGAGAGCCUUGUUAUUGUCAUCAGGAACCCCGCCUGGUUGUAAAUUUUUCCGUCCAGUAUGAAACUCAAUCAUCUCAUAUUCCUCAGCAAGUCAAGAAGCUCACGUUCAACCAUUUGUUUUGUUGUUUGCAAAAUGGUGUUUUAUUUGUAAAUAGACAACAUUAUAUGUCAGAUGUCAGUAUUAAAACUUCCUAACAGAAAUAGUAGCAUGCUUCUUGAGAUAGACUUUGUUUACAUGAGUCUGAAAUAUGUAACAGAUGUAAACUUUGAUCAACCUUAUUUUCUUGUUGCUCACAGAUAUACAGGCUACAGCUACACUUAAUUACUAGAGUGCCAAGUCGUGCAGAAUAAAGCCUGCUGGGAGCAUCCAUGUUUUAGCACAAACCUAUGGCAAAAAAAUCAAAAUUAUGUACAGUUUUUUUCUACUAUACAGUACAGUUUUUUGAAUGAUAGUUUUGUUUUGAUCGGUGCACAAAUGCACUGCACUGCCAGUAGUUUGGUAUAGGCUUUUGAGUGGGUCACACUUGUGAUAGCAAAUGUGCUUAUUUGCACAUUGCAUGUAGAGUAGAUCAUUUGGAAUAAUGGGUUCUACAAAUACACAAAUAAAUGAAGAAUGUGCACACUCAGGAUUGCUUCAGAACUUCGCUGUGUCGGGAAAUGAGUAGCACUCUAGUAGUUCAAUAUAGCUGUAUGCUCUCAACUGAGUUAUGCGCAAAGAAGAAAAUUUAGUUUGAAAUCAAAUGAAAUAUUAUAAACAGCUCCAACGGAUGGAGUUCGCUGAUUUCCUGUCAUUUGCUUUACAUUAGUUUUAGAUUGUUUCUUCGUUUGAAGGAUAAGUUUCCACCGAAUCCCCUUAAAAUAUAUACAGUGUAUGUGUACUGCCAACCUCUCCCCCCUUUAUUUUACUCUUCCACCCAUGUCCCUGAUGAAUCUCAUGUUUUUUCCUCAAGUUUAGAUUUCCACAUAAAUGUGCAAUUUUUAUGCAGUUGUUGGAUUUAAUUUUAAUUUCACUUACCUGAAAAUUUGUGAGCAGCUUACCAACUGUGCAUUAGACUUUUUGCGGCCCACUGUAACAUGUAUCGAGUUUCAACCCUCCCUCCUACAAUUGCUUCUUUUUAUUGUUAACGGUUGGUGAAACUUCCCAAAGAACAAAUUUUACAGCAUUUGUCAAUAGCCUGCGUGGGUUUCAGGCACCCCUGCUGUGCACUCUGAGAAUUACACUGUCCCAUAAAAGUGACACCAAAGCCUCUAAUACAUUUUCCCCCUGUACUUACCACUUUUACCCACAUCUGAUUUUCCACUUACGUAUUUUCAAGAAUGACUUGCCUGCAAUGGCGUAGCUAGGAUUUUACCAGGGGGGGGCAUGGGGGCACCAGCUUUCAUUGAUGUGGUUUUUGGGACAAACUUUUGUUAGCCUUGUUCAAUAUCCAUUCCUCUUGUUUUUUUUUAGGGGGGGGGCACCUGUAGGGGCACCGGGAAUUGCUUGCAUGUAAUCUGUUAGGGAACCAUGGCAUUCCGGAUUGUUGUUAGGUUUUCCCCAAAGUGAUCAACAGUGUUACUAUCAUUGAAAAAAAAAGAAGAAUUAAAAGAAUCUAAUGGUGUUUGAAUCAUUCCCAUGGGUGCAUCCGUUUUGGGAAUAUAAUUUGAAUAAAAAAAUUAAAUAAAACAUUACUGUGAUUUUAGUAUUCAGUGAGAGGCCCCUUUAUUUUAGUAAUUUGGAGCCCUAAAUCGCCCCUCAAAAAAAAAAAAAUUUAGAAAGGUAUCAAAUGAAUCCCAACUUGGUAAACUGCAUAUUAUGAUUUUUGUAUCAACUUCUUAUCCCAUAAAUAAAUAAGUAUUUUUUUUUUCUGGACACCCUCACAAAAUGUAAUGUCAUGUUAUCUGCUUCUCAGUUCUUGACUGCUGCUCACACUACCAAAAAAAAAGAAAAAAAUGUAACUUAACUGUACAGCCUUUGAAGGCAGAUAGAAAUAAACUUUGUUGGAGUUGAUCGGAUGGAUAUUCGUAUUCGCAUGAGGUAAUAAAUUUGUCAUUCACAGAA